AUGUUGGUUCAACAUUUGAAAACAAUUAAUCCAAUUAUUGAAACUGGAGUAUUGUUAUCUCAUUUGAAGACGAAGACGAAGAAAGUUUCAAAGCAGAAUGUCAAAAGUUCUUCAAAAUCAUUACCUCCUAUAGUUGUCAAGGAAUCAAAGAAGCACGAAUUUAGUGAACCAGCUCCAAUUAUUGCUAAGAAACUAGAAGUAACUCAACCUGAGGCUACUGUUUUACCAUCCAAGUCUGGUGUCUUAAAGAAGUUGAAAAAGAAGGCUCGUAAAUCAUCUCCUACUUACACUGUUAAACCUGAAGUUACUCGAAAAGUGGUUAUUUUUAGAGAAGUACAAGAUCCUGUUUCUCCUAUAUCAAAUAAACAAAGGGCAGAAGAUAUGGCCAAACAUUUUAUGAGAAAUCAGAAGCAGAAACUUCGCAAGCUGGUCAUUAAUGAUGAAUCUACCAAAGAAGAAGACACUCCAGAAUCACUAGUGCUUGACUAUCCAAUAACAUCGAAUGUUGAGACUUCUGAUCCUAUCCCUACAUCUGUUGUUUACAAAAAAGCUUCCACCCCUAGGCAAAUUUUGAUUACUACACCUCCAGUUUCGAUUGUUGAAACUUCUCAAGAUCAAGGUACUUUUUAUCUUGUUGUUUCUUCUACCUUCGAUAAUUCCACCCUAGACACUUCAAAUUCAUUGCCUACAUUUUUUGUACUCUAA